UGAAGUUUGAACAAGUAUAUGUUGGUCCCACCUUCGUCAAGCCUCCUUCUUUGUAUUCUCUCGAGAACUACCUCUGUCCUUACUGCACACGCUUGACGCUCCUCUUGAAUAUCCAACCCUCUCACCCUCUUUAUUUUGAAUCUUUUCUUCUGUUUCCAGUACACCAUUCAAUUUUCUUGCUCAAUAUUCAUUAUUAUUUACCAUUUUACCCUCAACCACCCGCAUUCAUUAGGUUUUUUACCCGGUCUACCCCAAUUUUGGGUUCGAUUUCAGAGCGUAUCAUGUCGGCAAUAUCUUAUUUCGACGACUUGCGAGAGAAUCCGGAGGUUAUUGAUCCUCCUCAAGUUGAAGAUGCAAUGGAUGUAACAGAACACGUACAUGUUCAUGACCCUGUUCAAAACGCUUUAAAACCUAAUCAACUCGCAACUAGUAGUGUGCGUGAUCUAUUGGAGUGUCCGGUUUGCUUGAAUGCCAUGUACCCUCCUAUCCAUCAGUGCUCGAAUGGUCACACAUUAUGUUCGGGCUGCAAACCGCGUGUGCACAACCGUUGUCCAACAUGCAGGCAUGAACUCGGAAACAUUAGAUGUCUAGCCCUUGAGAAGGUGGCCGCAUCGCUUGAACUUCCUUGUAAAUAUCAGAGCUACGGGUGUUUCGGAAUCUAUCCGUAUUACAGCAAGUUAAAACAUGAAUCUCAAUGCAUUUUCCGACCCUAUAACUGUCCUUACGCCGGCUCAGAAUGCACUGUUAUCGGCGACAUCCCGUAUCUCGUAGCCCAUCUAAAAGACGGCCAUAAAGUUGACAUGCAUAAUGGCAGUACGUUUAACCAUCGUUAUGUCAAAUCAAACCCUCAUGAGGUUGAGAAUGCGACAUGGAUGCUUACGGUAUUUAGUUGUUAUGGCCAGUACUUCUGUCUCCAUUUUGAGGCGUUCCAGCUGGGAAUGGCGCCCGUUUAUAUCGCGUUCUUGAGAUUUAUGGGGGACGAUGACGAGGCGAAGAACUACAGCUACAGCCUGGAGGUUGGAGGGAACGGGAGGAAGAUGACGUGGCAAGGAGUCCCAAGAAGCAUACGAGACAGUCAUAGAAAGGUUCGUGAUAGCUUCGACGGUCUGAUUAUUCAGCGUAAUAUGGCGCUUUUCUUUUCGGGAGGUGAUAGGAAGGAACUGAAGCUGAGAGUUACUGGUAAGAUAUGGAAAGAACAGUAAAAUGAGUUGUGAAUUUGCUAGUGUUGGUGUUAGGUUGUUGUAAGGAGCAAACUCUCUUUGCUAGUGUGUGUGUGUGUGUGUGUUGGAAUAUUUAUUUGGGAUGAAAAUGAAAUUUUGGACUAUGGAAAUUAGAAGGUUUAAGAAGUGUAUGACUAGUUA